AUGGACGCCGACGACUCUACCUCCUCCUCCGCAGCCUCGCUCCACACGCGGGCGUUGUUGGGGCUGCAUCACGAAAACGCUCCCGACUGCAGCAGCACCAGCAGCAACCUCAGCCUGACCCCCCACGCUUCCUGUAGUACCACCACCUACCCUUCAUCCUCAUGUUCCGCCUCGUCAUCGCCGCCAUCCAGCGUGGUUGUCGGGACAAGCAACGCCUUCGUUGACCACCAGCCCUAUGCAGCCCAGCCCAGCUCUCGCGUCGGCAGCGUUGCCGACCCGUCCCCCCCUGACUCCACGGCUCAGGCACCAAGCCGCGUGCGAGCCGAACACUCCGAUCUGCCGCAGCCACCACCAUCACGGUCUCUAGGUCUGUUUGAUAGACUUCAGAUCGGCGGCCCGUCGCCUUCGACGUCCUGGAGCCAACAGGGCCACGCGCAAGCAGCCACCCACACCCAAAAUCAACAACAACACCACCAUCACCGCCAUCAACAGCAGCAGCACCUCCCCCCUCCUGGCCACCAUGCGGCCGCCCCAAGCAGAGCCGCAUCCAUGUCGUCAUCGUCGUCGGCGGCCCUUGGUGAGGCCUCCUCUGUGCCCAGGGCCGGCCCGGGGCAACGGAGUGGCGGCAGCAGCAGCGCCACCAAGACGAACACGGCGACGUCCUCUAAGACUACUACGACUACUACCGGCAGCACUACUACCAACAGCAAGCAAAAGUAUCCGGCAAACCUGACCUGUCCGCUUUGUUCCAAGAGCUUCACCCGCUCCUACAACCUCCGCUCGCACCUGCGCACCCACAAUAACGAGCGCCCCUUCGAGUGCUCCGUCUGCGGCAAGGCCUUUGCCCGCCAGCACGACCGCAAGCGCCACGAGCGCCUCCACCUCGGCGAGAAGCAGUUCGUCUGCCGCGGCGACCUCGACCUUGGCGGCCAGUGGGGUUGCGGCCGCGCCUUCUCGCGCGUCGACGGCCUCGCUCGGCACCUCCGCUCCGACAUGGGCAGCGAGUGCGUCCGACCCCUAUUCGACCAAGAAAUGCGGCAGCACCAGCAGCAACAGCAACAACAGCAGCAGCAACAACAACAACACCACCAACAUAGGGGGGUAGUGCAGCAACUGCCCCCGUUGCAAAUCCCCGGCAUGUCGACCGCAGCAACCAUGAUGACACCGAUGAGACCGUCAAACAUGACACAACAACAACACCUGCAAAUGGGCUACGGGGGCCAGCACCAGCACCACCAACACCACCCUCAGCAGCACCAGCACUUUGGCACCACAGCGGCAUCUCCCAUGGAUCUCGACGGCGGCAUGUCGUGGCCCCCUGCACUCGGCCACCACAACCACCAUCCUUCUCACCACGCCGGAACGACAGCGACAACGGCGACCAUGGCCACGACGCCCGCGGCAGCGACGGCCGGCGUCUGGACGAGCAUGGCGCCCCUCCCUGCUGCGUUGCUGGCGCAGUAUCCCUCCCUCGCGCACGCGAGCUGGUCCCCGGGGGCAACGGCCUCGACGUCUCCGAGCGGCGACCCCUUCUCCGCCAUCGACGGCAUGUUCGAUUUUGAUAGCGGGACGGCGAGCGACGCUGGCGCGUCAGGUGCAGGCACCGCUUAUACGAGGUGGUGGAGCUCCUAUACGGACGUGUCCAGCGGCAUGAAAGUCCAGGACCAGGGCGAGGACCAACCCGACACUCCGGGGCAGUAUAUUUGA